AUGGCCUGGAAAAUAAAAUGUUCAAAGUUGGGGAUUGAAAAAGAAAAUGGAGAUUGGAAAAGCGCCUUCGAGCAGUAAGUAGUAGCUUAAGCUAUUGUAUAAUUGCCAGAGUUGGCGAGAAUUGGAGACAAAAUAAAUUUGAGGAGUCAAAAAUGGAGUGGAAGAACGUUAAAGGGCUGAUUUUUAAAGAUGAAUUCUUGAUGAUCAGGAUGAAACGAGAACUCGAAAUCCGACAUUUGGGUCAAUUAGAUCAGGUGAGAGCCAAAAACAUAAAGGGAAAUUCAUAUUCCAGUCUAAAAUUAAAGAUAUUGUUGUAGAUAUACCAAGUGAUUGACAUGGAAUGGCUAGAAUAUGAUUUCCAUCCCUUCAAUCAAAAUCAAUUUAUCGCGAUCUUGGAAAGUGAGGAGACUGGACAUCUUAGACUUCGAGUUUAUCCUCUAAAGAAAACUUCGGAACGGCUCCCGUAUCUCUAUACCAAGCAGUUGGCGCCCAUCUACUAUAUGAGCGCUGAGAAUGUCUUCUUUGUGGACGACACGUAAGAGAUUCUCUCAGUACAAAAGCUUGUCAUUUCAGCUUGGUGAAGUCGGCAAAUGUCGACGGAAACCAAGAGAUCCAUCUGGUCAAUCUCUACAAUGGCAAGCUCGAAAGAUCUUUCCCGAUUGGAUUUCAGCGACCAAGUAUAAGAUACGAUGGGAAAUACUUGUUGUAUUAUGCGAGGAGACAACCAAUUGAUGUGUUCGUCUUGGAAACGGGUCAUUUCUGGAGUAUUCCGGUGGAAAAUGAAGAUCACAAGGUAGGGAUACUGUAGGUUUUCAAAAAUUUUUAUUUUUUUCAGCCACGAGCGACAAUCCUAAGCGCGCUAAAACAACUUCUGGCCUCGUUUUCGGGCCUUGUUUUUGAGUUCUAUAACAUUGAAACGAGUGAAAAAAUGAAGCGAUUGGAAACUCAUAUCCCGAACGUCAUGGAUCUUAACUACAAGAUAUUUUAUCGCCAAAAAAGGGUCUGUAUUUUCCGUGAGAACCAAGCAAAAGUCCUGGAAUUUGAUGGAACUUGGAAAAAUUAUGGCUAUUACGGCGACGAAAAGGAGUCUAAUGGCCAAAUUCUUGGGCUGGGUUACAUGGGACAAGCGUUUUCCUGGAUUCAGCCUUCCUGGGAGGCUGGCAAACUUGGAUUCUUGGACCUGCAGACAAGUAAGAUUACUGUAAUCUCAAAGUUUUAUAAAAUGAUUAAUGAUUCAUAGAGACUAUUGUAGAUGAAUGGCGGAAACUUGGAGAGUUUGAAGUUGGAUUUAUCGCAGAAGUCUAUCUUUAUGGAUCGUCACUGUUUGUUUAUUCUGUGGCCAAUAAAGAAGCCGAUGUUAGAAGAUUUUCAUUUCAAAAUCUGUAG